CUCAGGGGUCAACAUCAUGUUCAGUUCUUCAUAAGAUGUCAAUGAGCAUUAGUGAGGUCAAGGGUUAACCUCAGACCUGUCAACUGAGUUUCAUGUCUAUGGAUUGAAUUUAUUCACUAUCACAGCCAGAUGUCCACCGUGGAUCUUAGUGAUUGAUUGAUAUUUCUCCGCUUUGCAUUCAAAUGUGUGAGCGCCUAUACAUGACCUGAUGAGAUGUUGGACUCUGAUGACUGCACCUUGUCCCUGGACAACCUGUUUUUUGAGAGACCCAUUGUCCACAAAGUAAAGCCACUGCACCAGGAGGUCAACCCAUGGCAGCUGGAAGUGCCUCCAUCUCUUUCUCAGCUUCCAGACACUCAGGAUAUGCAGAAGGAGGCAGAGUCUCUCUCUACCCUAUACAGUUUCUCACAGAGACCCAAGACAUUCCUGCCUCCUUUUAAAGGAUCAGCUGGCCUUAAGGUUUUACCAUCAAAAGUCAACAGUUCUUACAGUUAUAACAAUGAUGAGAAAGAGAUUGAGGAAACUCAGGGUGGCAGCAAUAACACCAGCACCAGUACCAGCUUUUGGGGAGGUGAAGGGUUCAGGGAUUACGCUCAGGGUUCCCACCAGAGUGGCAGAAGUGGAGAUGAAACCCCGCAGGACUCUGGUCACGUAGCCAUCAGCAGGAGGUGUUUGUCUCUGGACCGCAGCAAAAGCCCACCUCUACGGAGAAGCUUGUUCAAGGUUCAGGUGUUGAACAGUGGAGGUGACUCGUCAAACCCAAAUGACCUCAGAAGCAGCGGCAGCAGCAGCCAGACAGCAUCCAGACCUCAAACUUUUCUCAGUGCGGUUACCAUGGCGACAGUGCCUCCUCCUCUUCAGCCGCCACGGGCGACAGUUAGCCAGGCGUCUCCUCCUCUCUCCCCCAAGUCCCCCUUCCCACCCCCUCCUCUGGGCUCAUCUGCAGCGAGUGGCCGACCCCCGCAGAAGGCGGUACAUGCUGAGAUGCAGGACAAGGGCACAAAGAGAGCCUUCGUUCCGCCCAUGACGCCUCAGCCGCUUCUUAUACAAGGGUCAUCUGGGUCUGGAGUUUUGCGACCAGUUUCUGAAAUCCCAGCGAAGUUCAGAUCCGUCUUCAACGAGUUCCCCUUUUUCAACUACGUUCAGUCCAAAGCACUAGAUGAUGUUCUUUACACGGGUAAGAACUUUGUGGCAUGUGCUCCUACUGGAUCUGGUAAAACGGUGCUGUUCGAGCUGGCCAUCAUUCGUCUGCUAAUGGAGACGUCAGAGCCCUGGAGAGACGUCAAAGCUGUCUAUAUGGCCCCCAUCAAAGCGCUCUGCAGUCAGUGCUUCGAGAGCUGGAAGAAAAAGUUUGGUCCUCUGGGGCUGAACUGUAAGGAGCUGACGGGCGACACAGAGAUCGAUGACUUCUUUGAGAUUCAGGACUCCCACAUCAUCCUGACCACGCCUGAAAAAUGGGACAGCAUGACAAGAAAAUGGAAGGACAACUGUCUGUUGCAGCUGGUCAGGCUCUUCCUUAUCGAUGAGGUGCAUGUGGUGAAGGAUGCGACCCGUGGUGCCACCCUGGAGGUUGUGGUGAGCAGGAUGAAGGCCGUGCACGCCUACAGAACAGCACAGAACCCAGAAGCAGGCCUCUCCAUGAGGAUGGUGGCUGUAUCGGCCACCAUACCCAACACCUCUGAUAUAGCGGACUGGCUGUCUAAUGAGAGCGGUCCAGCCACAUAUCUGGACAUGGACGAGAGCCACCGUCCGGUGAAGCUGAGGAAGGUGGUGCUGGGAUUCCCCUGCAGCCCGAACCAAACAGAGUUCAAGUUUGACCUGUCGCUCAACUAUAAGAUGGCCAACAUCAUACAGACGUACUCUGACCAGAAGCCUGCGCUAGUGUUUUGCUCUACAAGGAAAGGAGUCCAGCAGUCAGCCACAGUUCUGGCCAAGGAUGCUCGGUUCAUUAUGAGCGUUGAACACAAGCAAAGGUUGAUGAAAUACGCAAACUCUAUUCUGGAGUCAAAACUGAGAGAUCUGGUGAUGUUAGGAGUUGGCUACCACCAUGCAGGAGUUGACCUGUCCGAUAGGAAGUUGAUAGAACAGGCCUUCACUCUGGGAGACCUGCCUGUCCUCUUUACCACCAGGACUCUGGCCAUGGGGGUGAACCUGCCAGCUCAUCUGGUGGUGAUCAAAUCUACCAUGCAGUAUGUGGCAGGCUCCUGUGAGGAGUACAGUGAGGCUGACUUGCUGCAGAUGAUAGGCCGCGCAGGAAGACCACAAUUUGACACGUCAGCGACAGCAGUGAUCAUGACCAAGUUCCAAACUAAAGACAAGUACAUGAACCUUAUGAAUGGGGUGGAAAUCAUUGAGAGCAGCUUACACUGUCACCUGGUGGAGCACCUGAAUGCUGAGAUUGUUCUCCAAACCAUCAGUGAUGUCAACAUGGCUCUGGACUGGAUACGCUCCACCCUCCUCUACAUCAGAGCCCUCAAGAACCCCACACACUACGGUUUCUCCGCCAACUUGGACAGACAUGGAAUCGAAGCAAAAUUGCAAGAACUGUGUCUGAAGAACCUGAACUCUCUGUCCUCCAUCGGUCUGAUCGACAUGGAUGAGGACAUCAACAUCAAACCAACAGAGGGCGGCAGGUUGAUGGCGAGGUACUGUGUUGCCUUUGACACCAUGAAACAGUUCAGCAAAGUGGAUGGCACUGAGAACCUGUCUGACCUGAUUGAGUUGGUGUCGAAGAGCCGAGAGUUCAGCGACAUUCAGUUGAGGAUGAAUGAGAAGAGGUCGCUGAACACCUUGAACAGGGACAAGAACAGGAUCACCAUCAGGUUCCCCAUUGAGGGAAAGAUCAAAACCAGUGAGAUGAAAGUGAACUGCUUGAUUCAGGCUCAGUUGGGUUCCAUCUCAAUUCAAGAGUUUGGACUCACACAGGACACAGCAAAGAUCUUCAGGAAUGGGAUGCGCAUCAGCAAAUGCCUGUCAGAGUUUCUGAGUCACCGAUCCAAGACUGGUUUCUCUGCUCUGCUCAACUCCCUGAUCCUGGGAAAGUGCUUCAGAGCCAAACUUUGGGAAAACUCGUCCUAUGUUUCCAAACAGCUGGAGAAGAUAGGCCAGACCCUGUCAACUGCCAUGGUGAACGCUGGACUCACCACUUUCGGCAAAAUAGAGCAAACCAACCCCAGAGAGCUUGAGCUGAUUGUCAACAGACAUCCACCGUUUGGCAACCAAAUCAAAGAAUCUGUCAUUCAUCUCCCGACGUAUGAAGUUACUUUGGAGCAGCUUUCGAGGUACAGCUGUGCUACAGCGGAGAUUGUGGUGAAGGUGAACCUUAAAAACCAAGCACAGCUGCUGUCCAGGAGAACGGCUCCAGACAACCACUAUGUCUCUCUGAUUAUUGGAAACUCUGACAACACUGUGGUCUUCCUACAGAAACUCACGGACUUGGUGCUGCUAAAGUGUGGCAGCUGGUCGAAGAAGAUUGAGGUGGGAAAGGCCUCGAAAGGAGAGGAGAUCAGUGUCAAUCUCAUCAGCUCGCAAUAUGUGGGCCUGGAUAUCCAGCAGAAGUUCAACGUCUACUACAGCGGAGCCAGGAGGUUUGGAACUGAUAAUCCAUACAACAUACCGUAUGAUCCGACUGGACAGAGACCGCAACUCUCUGCACUGAAACCACAGUCUACAGAUCAGGCUGCAACUCAGAGGCAAAAUGCCACAUCUUCUCCAGACCAAGAUUUGGGCAAUAAAAGACAGUGCAACCACUUCUGCAAGAAUAAGGAUCUCUGUGGCCACGACUGCUGUAAAGUUGGUGUAACUGUGGCACGGAAGAGGUCAACAGGUCAAGAAUCCAGUUUCUCUUCCUAUUUGAGCGACCUGAGGAGCAGGUGUGACACACUCGCGCAGACUCCCGUCAAACGACUCAAGAUGAAAAUGAGCGAGGAGUCUGCGUCCGUCAACAUGCAGGAGUUUGCUUACAAACCCAAAGAGAGGCUACCUACUGUUUCCUGGUACGGAGGAGGUCACUAUGUAGCUCCAGUGAGACCUCGCACUGAGACUGUGGAUCUGACAAGAGAAGACUGCGCUCAACUGCCAGACAUCGUUCAUCCGAACGACUUUGACAGCGAUUUUGAUGACUAUGUGGAGGACAUGCACAGGAUGACGGAGGAGACCGUCCAAACACCUGCUGCAUCUCAUGCUCACCAUCAAAGUUCCUCAGUGUGGAUGAACACAGGAGUCAGUGUUGGUGUGAGCCAGAACCACAAACCGCUUCUAAACCAGAUGAAGACAACCAGCUCGGCUUACUCGAAGAAGUCCACUACGGCGUCAAACCAGGGCGCUCUCUGCAAAAAUGCUUCAUUCUCACACAUACCGACCGUCAGCUUUGACCUUGGAGAUGAAUGGGACGACUGGGGCGACUUUGAUGACGAGAACUUGGUGCAUGCCAGCGAGACGUCAUUGGCCUUGUGUCCAACUAAUGCUAAACCUCAAGUCCAGCAGUCUGUUGACUACAACGUGCCAGGCUUUGCUGCCACAUCUGCACCAGUAUUCCUCAGUCACUCACAAGUCAAACCCCGUAUAACCACGGCCAGAACACCGCUGAGGUCGAUUUCACCAACUUUAAGUCCUAGAUUCAGAGAACCAGGACCCUCACUGGGUACAGUCAGACCACAGAACAGAAUCACACUCGACUGGAAUAAAAAGCAGAGACCAAGCAUAUUCAGAGAGGAGAUCACAGUAAAAACACCAGAAAACCUCCCAAAGCAGACUGAGACUCACGUGGCCCCACUUACCAGAAGGUUUGAUUUCUUCUCAACAAUGAGUGUCCCGUCCAACACCAGCUCAUCUGUCAACAGAAGCACCAACUGCAAAGAAGAGGAUGCUUUCUUUGGGAUAUUUGAUGGUAUAUUUUAGAAGCACUGCUUGUCUCACUGUGACAUGAAUAUGUUGUUACAUGUUGUUGUGUUUUCUUUAUGUUUGUGUUCAUAUUUCGUUAACCAGUGAGCUUUACAUGAAGAGUUGUAGACUGUUUUAAAGUCAAGUUAUUAUAUAUGUUCAUAUUGUAAAUGAGACAAAUUGUUUCUAAUGUUAGUUCUAAUUGUUACUAAUGUAAUUUAUUGAUUUAUUUGAAUAAAAUAUGUGUUUAUUGGGUGA